AUGGCUUUGCUGCUCCUUGCUCCUACUGUAAUGCCAUUUCUCCUUCUGAUGUGGCUGGCGUUGUUGUCUGCUCAGACGCUCUCGGCGCCGGAUCUGCGCGACCCGGAGAUUUCCGGCCUGAUUGCCAGGAAGCUGCGGGAGUUUCACGAGCUCGACAUGCCUGGACCCAAGGACAUCUCGCUCUGGCAGAGGCUGAGGCGGUGGCUUGAGGAAGCUCGCAGCAGGUGCUCGACCGAGGAGGCCAGGGAAUUGCGGUUGGAGACGCUCGGCGAUGAGAUUGCGGAGCUGGAGAAUGUAUUGUCCGGGGUCGAUCAGAGAGUAGUAUUUUGCCAUAAUGAUUUGCAGUAUGGGAACAUUAUGAUAUACGAAGAGACCAGACAAGUGACCUUAAUUGACUAUGAAUACGCUAGUUUUAACCCUAUUGCGUUCGACAUUGCGAAUCACUUCUGUGAGAUGGCUGCUGAUUAUCAUAGUGAUACACCGCACGUGAUGGACUUCACAAAAUAUCCUGACAUGGAUGAACAGCGGAGAUUUCUUGAGGCUUACCUUAGUUCUUCAGGAGAAAACCCAUCCGAUGUAGAAGUCGAAACAUUGCUUGGCUUGAUUGCAAAGUACAGUCUCACAAGCCAUCUCUUCUGGGGUCUCUGGGGAAUAGUCUCGGCGCAUGUGAACAAGAACAUCGACUUUGAGUACAAGGAGUACGCGAGGCAUCGGUUCGACCAGUACUGGGACACGAAGCCGAGAAUACUGCAAGCCUGCAACACAACCAGCUGA